GAAAUACGAAUAAAAAUACGUAUAUAAUGUUAGAGAAAAUAUUUUCUUGUAUAUAAUAUCUAAGUCGAUUUUAACGGUAACAGCGCAGUGCUCUGUAAGAUAACGAUACUUAAGCAUUCACAGUGCAAAAUAUCUCUCUCAGGUGUUAUGUACGACUCAAUUGCUUUCUUUUUCUAAUUCAAAUUUGAGAAGAAGCAGCAAUGGGUACAACACCAAGCCGUUAUGAGGACUUUUCAAAAAAUGAACAUUUGGAAAAGUUCUGUGGAAAACAAUCAAUUUCUCCUCAUGAUCCGUUUUGGAGCUCAUUCUUAUCUUACAAUAUGCGACCACCUAUAACAAGGAAUGAUCAAAUAGAACUUGAUUCUCAAUUAGAUUUAGCUUGCCAACAGUUAUUGAGUAAUAAUCCAACAACAGGCAAUUUCGGUAGCUUGAUUCAAGUUACAUUUAUUCGUAUAAGCGAGUUACUUGCACCUGUGCAGAACCAAAACAUAGUAUCCGCAUGGCAUACAUAUAAUGCAUUAUUUGCUGUAAGAUGUUUUUUAAAAUAUCUUGUGGAAACUGUUGGAGAAGAAGAAAUGAUAAAACAUAUAGAAGCAUCUGAGAUAUCUACUGGAGGGCAAUCAACAUCUUCGUAUAGAUUAGAAGAUCUUUUUGAAUCAUUAUUAGAACUUAUAACUGAUGUACCUUUAUGUGAAUUCACUUAUAUCGUUCAUUUGGAAGCAAUAAAUUGUCUACUUGUACUUCUUUCCGUACAAUUAUUUUCUCAAACUGCUGCUGAAUACAGUCCUAUCUAUAGAAUAGCAAUGCAUGCACAAAGUAGCGAACAUGCACCGGCUGUAGUAUGUACAUUGUUACAUAACUUUGUACAACAACAACAUGCACCAGCAGGAUUAUUUUCACAACAACCAGGUGGUAGUAUAGUUUUCAGUAUUGCUGCUGGAUUAUGGAAUGUUAUUACAAUGGGCAUGGGUCAUAGCUCAAAGAAUGUACAAGUUCUAAACAAUGGUGCAACAGAAGAAGAAGAAAAAAAACGAGAUACAGAAACCCCUCUUGCUAGUCAAUCUUUAUUAUUGCUAUUAGUUUUAACAAAUCAUUGUACUGCAACGCAAAACCCUUAUAGAAAUGCACUUUUCACUUUUACAGAUAUGCAAGAAGAUUACUCUCCAUCUCAAAUGGAAGGACACAAUGCGUUCAGAUUUAAUUUAAACAAAUUGUAUAGUACAAUCUGUAAAAUACAAAAUACUGAUGAAGUCACAUUACUACUGUACAUGUUAUUGCAUAGAAAUCAGAAUGUGAAACACGACAUAAUCAGAAGAUCAGAUAUACAUUUAUUGGUAACACCAAUACUACAAAUAUUAUAUCAUGCACCUAAUAAUACAUCUCAUCACAUUUAUAUGUCGCUUAUAAUUCUUUUAAUCUUGAGUGAAGAUGAAACAUUUAAUAAAAGAAUACAUGAAAUUAUGCUAAAAGGUAUAACAUGGUAUACUGAAAGAUCUAUAAGCGAAAUAUCAUUGGGUGGACUGCUUAUUCUUGUUGUUAUAAGAACAAUACAAUAUAACAUGUUUAAAAUGAGGGAUAAAUACUUGCAUACAAACUGUUUAGCUGCUUUAGCUAAUAUGUCUGCACAAUUUAUGUCAUUGCAUCCCUAUGUUAGUCAAAGAUUAUUAAGCUUAUUUGAAACAGUAGCAAGAAAACAUGCAAGAUUAGAAGCAAAAAUAAAAGCAUUGUCUUCUGUUUCAUCGGAAAGCACAACAAUCAAUAUUAAUGGGACCGUAAGCAAUACAGAUUUAGUACAAGAUUUAACGAUAUUAGAAGAAGUUCUUAGGAUGGUACUCGAAAUUAUAAAUAGUUGUCUUACGCAUAAACUUGCAGAAAAUCCAAAUUUGAUCUACACUCUUCUCUAUACUUUUUGUGAGAAAGAUAUUUUUGAACCGUUCAGAUUGCAUUCAGCAUUUCAAGAUAUUGUGCAAAAUAUAGAUCCUGUUAUAGAUUUCUUCUCAUAUAAGUUAGAACAAAGGGAUCAAUCUCAGCUCGGUGUCAGUCAGGUAUUAGCUAUAAUACAGCAAGGUGUUACUGAAUGGCCUCGUGAUCGUCUAAGAAAAUUUCCGGAACUCAAGUUUAAAUAUGUAGAAGAAGAACAACCAGAAGAAUUCUUUAUUCCUUAUGUAUGGAGUAUUGUCUGUCAAGGAGCUUUAUUACAUUGGAGUGCAGAAAAUAUUAAAUUACAAGCUAGUAUUUAAGCUUGUCUAUGGCAGAUUAAUCAAA